CUCCCCCCCACUAGAUACCGGAGAUACUUAGAUAUAGUACUCUAGAUAUAGUAAUGACUAUAUAGAAAUUCACACGUGUCGCCAAGAUGGCGCCGACUCAUAAUGUAUAUCCUUAAACCACCUCUCACAUUCCAGCAAAAUCCAUUAAUAUUGAAAAAUGCCCCCCCCCCACCUAUUAUAGAGACUCCUGACUUAAAGAGUCGGUGUCUGUUUAGUCCGUCUGCUGCCCUAAACUGGUGUACACGUAGUUUUCGUUCGCUCCGUCUUUAUAAAUUUUAGUGUUUUUUAAAGUGUGUGUUUUUAUUUUCAAAAAUAAUUUUAAUCAUGGCUGGUUCAAUUGGAAACAUGGCUAAAGUGUACAAGAAGAAUUUCACAUAUGUACCACCAACACCGCCUGCAGAGCUCAUCGACUGUAAUAAUUUCACACUAGACUUCACCGGCCGUAAGUUUUUGAAUGUAGGACUUGAUCCUACGGACGAAUUCAACACCGUAGUACAAAUAAUCACACCAUCGCGGUAUAUUAAUAUGCCAGCCGACUUUCUAAGACGUAUAUUUUCCCUGAUGGGGAAUAUAUUGUCGUUUAUUUUGGAUCAACCGCAAAAAUAUAAGCGAAAUUUAUUUCUGGAAACCGAAAUUAUUUCGCUGUCUAGUAUGGUGUAUCAAGGGGAAAAUAUGCUUGUCAUCGAAUCAAAAACACAAGCUGGAUGUCGAGUAUUGCUAAAUCGUGCAGAUUUAAUGAAAUUACAAUACAUGGAGGAGAGUAUUUUCGAAACGUUCGCACGAAAGUCAGCCAUCAUACGUCCUGUUGUAUUAAGGCAAUUUGAAAUUAUUGAAAAUUAUAUAGACCGGGAAUUUACCAAUGUGCAAUCGCCACCGAAAACAGUUGACGAAAUGAUAAUUUUUAUUAAAAACCUUCAGACCGAUCAAAUCAUCAAGAAUAUCGACUUAAAUUUUGUUAGUCAGCUGAAAAUGUGUGCAGCACGGAAAUUAGCUGAACAAUGGUCUCAACGAUGGAGCGGAGGAAUGUCACCAGAGUUAAUCGUUAACCCCAUUUCGCCAUUGUCGCCGAUGACAUCGUCAACGUAUUCGCCGUCCAUGUCCAAUCACAUAAUUUUGGCUCCGAACAAAUAUUCAUCACCGUCCCCUCAAUAUACCGAUGACACCGAUGCGCAGCCGCCGCCGACCAAACCAUGGGAUAUAACGCCGCGACAAUUAUUCUCACCGUCUUUUUUCGAUGGUGAAUGUUCGCAGAUCAAUCUUACGCAGGCAACAUAUCCAGCAAGCUCCACAGUUGACGAGAACGAUGGACCAAUUAAUGUGUAUAUCAAUCAGAAUGAUGCUCCUACCAGUCUGCCAUCAUUAUCAUCAUUACCGGUGCUCAUAGACAAUCAUUCUACAGGACACGAUUCGGACGAGUACCCCCUAUGGUAUAAUAACCGUAUAAACUCUACGGGCCCUGCUGUUGACGAAAACGACGGUCCGUCGUCUUUCAACCACUCGCCAUCUAUUCUCGACUUCACAGGUGGCAAGCCCAUGAAAAAAUCAACUAAGCGGAGCGUAAAACGUAAACUGUGAAUAAUAUUUGUGAAAUAAUGUUGUGUAAAAUAAA